AUGAAAAAGCCAAUAUAACAAAAAUCAAUAUUUUUGCUCUACAUUGCUAGAAGACUAACAAGAGGAUUUGAAACUGUUGAAUAAAUAUUAUCUCAACCUUUUGAUGUAGAUGCAAAUUUUAGAAAUCUGAUUGGGAAAAAGAUAAAUUUGAAAAUUUUCAUAUGGGAACCAGAGAUCUUGUUGAAAAGGGAUCUUAAGUAUUGUCAAAUAGAUAAAUGCUUUUGAAAUAUGGAAUGAUUUUGGAAUACAAUAAAUAAGAUAAACUUUUUAAGUUGAAUAUUGAAAGUAUCUUGCUAUUUGGAUAGUCCAGAGAUUUAAACCAAUUUAAUUACUAAGAUUUAAAUUUAAAUUUACUAUUCCCCCUUGUGACUUAAUGA